UUGGCGGCCAUUUUGUUCGGGUCGUCAAGCGAGAGUUGGUCGCGGCAGCUGGCGGGAGGGCGGAUUGAGAGAAGAACGGACUCGAGGACCCAACAGCCAACCCGUCACACAAGUGACUAACUAUCCUUCGGCUCAGCCCAGCGCCUUCACCCUCCCCAGAAAAGCCCAGCGCGGCCGGUCUCCGGCCCCACAACCGCAACCGCAGUGGCAGCGGCGGCCCCCGGCGGAGCGCUGGCGUCCGUGUCCUUUGAUUCCCGGGAUUUGAAGAUGGCUGCACAGUCAGCUCCGAAAGUUGUGCUAAAAAGCACCACCAAGAUGUCUCUAAAUGAGCGCUUUACUAAUAUGCUGAAGAACAAACAGCCGAUGCCAGUGAAUAUUCGGGCUACGAUGCAGCAGCAACAGCAGCUAGCCAGUGCCAGAAACAGAAGACUGGCCCAGCAGAUGGAGAAUAGACCCUCUGUCCAGGCAGCAUUGAAACUUAAGCAGACUGUGUAUGCAAGUCCGGAGAGUGGCUGUGGAAGGAUAUGUCCAAGCUGUGGCUGGCAGUCUGGAGGGCGGUGCCAUCCAACUAAGAGCUUAAAACAGCGUCUAGGUAAAAGUAACAUCCAGGCACGGUUAGGCCGCCCCACUGGCCCCUUGGCCAGGGGAGCAGUUGGAGGACGGGGUUUGCCCAUGGGCCAGAGAGGCUUGCCACGAGGAGGACUUCGUGGAGGACGUGCUACAAGAGCCCUGCUAAGGGGAGGAAUGUCUCUUCGAGGUCAAAACCUGCUCCGAGGUGGACGAGGCGUAGCUCCCCGAAUGGGAUUAAGAAGAGGUGGUGUCCGAGGUCGUGGAGGCCCUGGGAGAGGGGGCCUAGGGCGAGGAGCAAUGGGCCGUGGAGGAAUCGGUGGUAGAGGUCGAGGCAUGGUGGGCCGAGGACGAGGGGGCUUUGGUGGUCGAGGUAGAGGUCGUGGACGAGGUAGAGGUUCUGCCCGACCUGCACUGACCAAGGAGCAGCUUGACAACCAAUUGGAUGCGUAUAUGUCUAAAACAAAAGGACACCUGGAUGCUGAGCUAGAUGCAUAUAUGGCUCAGACAGACCCUGAGACCAAUGAUUGAGGCCAACCCUUCCUUUUAGAGACAAUUCUUCAAGUUCAUUACAUCUGUAAGGACCCUGAGCUAACAAAUAAGAAGACCUGACAGAUGCUGGAAGGAUCUAUCAUAAUAGGUUGUGGACUUUAUUCAACCACCAGUUCAUACAUUUUGUGUGUUCCUUUAUUUUUUGAUACUGUGUUGGAUGAAACGUUUGUGUUUUGUUUGUUUUCUUUUCUUUUGAAUUGGUUUUAUAUAUUUUUUUUCUAUACUCCUCUGAACUUGAAUGUGACUGCCUGGUAACUGGAAUUUGCCUCCUCCCCCACAUCACCCACAUAUGCACUGACAUGUUAAUAUUGUCCCCAUUCAGUCUUUAGGCACUACACUAAGGCCCUAGAGAAAAGUCUAGCACAAACCUUACUGAAGCUCUUCCUCAGUUUAGAGGUUUUAAAGAGAGGGCAAUAAAAAGAAAUAGUAAUUGUUCUGUUCUAAAUCUUACACACUCACUGGCCUCUUUUUAAAAAAGAAAGAAAACUUUUUUAAUUUAAAAAAGAAAGAAAACUUUUUAAAAUCUGGAGGGAGAAGACACACUGCAGCAAUGGUGAGGGAGCUAGUUUGUUACCUUGGGGACCAGGUAACAAUCCUAUAAUAAGUUACCAAUGGUAAUCAGGUUUUUAUUGUGCAAGUCCAUACCUCACAUAGAUCAGGGUGUUAUCCAUAGUAAUAAGCCAUCUUUCUUGAUACAGAAGCUUUCCUUCUGUACUUGUAUCAUUAACAAAAUGGGUAAUAUUGGUCAAUCUAUUUACCUGCAGCAAGUGUUUGGCAGAUUCUUAAGAGGGGAGGGGAGUGAGAGAAUUACUGCAGGGUAACUGCCAGGUGGGUUCUGAGAACACCUUAGAAGUGCUAUUAUCUUUGUUAAAAACCAAACAGUUUUCAGUCUAGAACAACUUUGGAUUUUAUCCCCCACAUUAACUUUGCUUAUCUCUUUCUUUCUCUUGAAGUUUUAAAGUUCAGUCAUAUCUUUGUCAGCUAUUCCAGUUUCAAUAGAAUCUUGUAUUUCUGGUUCAUUGUAACAAAGAAGAAACAGUUCUCAAAUUCAACCAGGCCUUUUGACCUUUUUCUUGCUGUGUUCCUUUGAAACUUCACAAUCAUUACAGGUGAUGGGGUUCUGCCUGUUUGCUUUUCUUCCUGGGUAGAUGAUGAACCCUGAGAGGGCAGUGACCCUAAUAGUUUUCUUCUACAUGUUUGUUAUCCCUCACUUUUAACCUGUCUUUCCACCAUGGGAACAAUUUUCUCCCCUGGUAACAUGUAUCCGUGGUUUGAAGCCUAAAGUAAAGGUACCCCAAAAGUAGGAUAUUCACCAUCAAGUUUAUUAACCAUCCAAAAUAAGCCAUUUAAUGUGAAGUUGAACAACUGGUAUGAAGUUAGAAAGACAGAGGUAGAAAUAGCUUCAUAAUGUGUAUUUCUCUAGUUAAUUUUUCCACUUUCUUUGCCCAUACUGUUUCAAGUGGAUAAUAAAGGUUCCAGACCCUAAAAGCUUUAAAGAAUAA